AUGGCCUCUGAUAAGGCAUCUGAACUUGGUCUUGCUCUAUAUGUCUUAGCCUAUAGUGUAGGACCGCUCAUCUUUGGCCCCCUUACCGAGAUUCCGGCUAUUGGUCGAAAUCCCGUCUACUAUCUUACAUUUAUCGUCUUCUUUGCUUUGUCAUUUCCAGCAGCUACCAUCAACAGUUUUGGCGGCCUUUUAGCUGUGCGAUUCUUUGCUGGCUUCUUUGGCAGCGUUGGUAUUGCUAUUGGCGGCGCUUCCAUUGGAGAUAUCUUUACCGUCCUCUAUUUCCCCUAUGGCCUUGGCUGGUGGGUGCUGUCAUUCUGGGCAGGCCCUGCCAUUGGGCCAACAUUUGCUGGAUUUGCGGCAAUGGCAAAAGGCUGGAGGUGGCCCCUCUGGGAAAUUGUGUUGAUUUGUGCAGUCAUGGCCAUAUUUCUGCUAGCUCUGACCCCCGAAACAUCUUCGUCUAACAUCCUGCUUAGACGAUCCGACGUCCUCAUUGCUGCACUGAUCAGGCCAUUCGAAAUCACCAUUAAGGACCCUUCAAUUUUCUUUGUUAAUUUGUACACGGCUUUGACCUAUGCAAUUUAUUUCACCUUCUUUGAGGUGUUCCCCCUUGUGUUCCCGCCUUUCUACGGGUUUAAUCUUGGCCAGACUGGCCUUGCUUUUCUGGCUUGCGAAGUUGGCUCGAUUCUCGCUCUUAUUCUAUACUUUGCCUAUCUCCAUCUCUACAUGAUUCCAGACAAUAUCAGGAAUGGAUUUCGAGAGCAGGAGCAUCGCUUGCUGCCCGCAAUUUUCGGCUCCUUUGUUCUUCCAGUUGGACUGUUCAUAUUUGCCUGGACUGCAAGAGCAAGCAUUCACUGGAUUGUUCCAUUGAUUGGCGUAGCAAUCUUUGUUCUCGGCCAAUAUAUGGUUAUUCAGGGUCUCUUCAUGUAUGUUCCAGUUUCAUACCCACAGUACGCGGCAUCGAUUUUUACGGGUAAUGAUUUGAUCAGAUCUGCUGUUGCUACUGGAUGUAUUCUUGCUGCCAGGCCAAUGUUCAUCAAUCUUGGUGUUCACAAGGGCGUUACAGUCCUUGCUGGACUGAGCAUAAUUGGUAUAAUUGGAACAUUACUCAUGUACAAGUAUGGCAAGAGUCUCCGUGCCAAGUCUAAGUUUGCACAAAAUUAG